AUGGCGAAGGUGAACGUCUGCGACGUCGAAGUUCUGGAUAACCCAGCCACAUUUUUUGACAAUUUUAAGUUUAGAAUAACGUUUGAGUGUCAUGAGCCUCUAGAAGAUGACUUGGAGUGGAAAGUUGUAUAUGUUGGUAGUGCCUACAACUCCUCUUUGGAUCAAACCUUGGAUUCAAUACUGGUUGGCCCUGUCCCUGUUGGUAGACAUCAAUUUGUUUUCGAGGUCGACGCUCCUGACCCAAAGAAAAUUCUCCCCGAAGACCUUGUUGGGGUCACUGUUGUGCUAAUACAGGCUCUAUAUCAUGAACAGGAGUUUAUCCGUAUAGGAUACUACGUAAAUAAUGAGUACAAAUCGGAGGAACUUCGAAAUGAACCUCCCGCGGAGCCUCUACUGGAUGAGCUGAAAAGGUCUAUUAUUGCCUCGGACCCCCGUGUUACUCGAUUCCCUAUUGAUUGGGGCGAUGGCUUACUUGAUGGUUGUCCUGAGCCAGAGCAAAAGGAAGAAGAUGUAGAUAUGCUAGAAGUGAUGGAUUCUAAGAGUGAGGAGAAAGAUGAACAAGAGGGCGAAGAGGAGGAGGAGGACGUUGAGGCAGAUGUGGAGGAUGUCGGCGAGGAAGAUUUAGGUGAGGAAGAUGAUGAAACGGAGGAUGAAGACGAAGAUGAGGAGGAUGAAUGUGAAGUGGAGGUUGAGGAUCUGGACGAAGCUGUCGACGAAAACAACACCGGAAGUGAACCAACGGACACCGAUCGGACUCCAUUGAAGAGCAUCCCCGCGAACCCUGAAUUGGCACCCCGCACCACGAAUCCCCCCCUCAAACAGCUCUGA